AUGCAUCUCCUAAAUUUCCUCCUCCUCCCGCUCCUCGCAGCAGCUGCACCAUCUCUAUCUCUCAAGCGCGACAACCUCUGCAACCUCAAGACGCCGCCCCUGCUCUGCACCCCCAACGCCAACAUCUCGACCGCCGAGACCGCGCUAAGGGCCUACAGGUUCUACCGCGCGUUUGUCGUCGACGGGGAUCCGAAGACGAUGUUUUCGCUUAUCGAUUCGGUGUAUAAACAACACCACGCCGGCUACGCGGACGGCCCCGAUACCAUCUGGCCGCUGUUCUGCAACGGGAAUAAGUUGGGCACGGAACAGAGUACCAGUUGGUGUUUUGUGGAGGCGACGAAUAUGAGUUAUGCGCAGUACUCGACGACCGAUCGGUGGAGGUGGGUCGGGGGAUGCGCGCACGAACAUUGGGAUCAGAAUGAGACGAUUCCGAAGAGUGGGUGUUAUAAGUUGAAUGGGACGGUAUCUUGA